AUGUCUUUUUUUGUUUUGGCGAUAAUAACUUCUGGGAGGGUUAAUCCCAGACGGAAUUCCUUCGUUCCCUUUCUCAAAGGCGAAGAUAUCGAUUUCGAACAAAAAGGGAAUCUCGAGUACAAGCCAAGGAGAAAGACUGCCAUCUCAGGCAUACCAUCGACAGAAGUCGCUAACGCAAAGAGGAAGAAGAGCUACUUCCAUCAUUCCAAUAGUAACAAGGUAAACCGAACCCAAGUGAAGUUAAGCCGAGUCCUUUUCUUCCCCACUGCUUCGAAGCCGGAGGCAGACACGUGGGGUUCAUUGGAAGGGAGAGUGGCGGGAAUUCAUUUUGGCAAUCCACACCGGUCAAGGGCCAUUGGGAGACUACUAAGGAGAAAGUCUUCAGCAGAAGACUCACAAAGGGAUACUGACAAGGCCAAAAACAAAAUUAGGAUUCGGGUGCUCUUGCCGAGGAAGAAUGGAAUGAUUCUUGCCACUUUUUAUUCCCUUAUGCCGAUGCUGACUCUGAUCGCCUUGAAUACUAUCCUUUCCUUAGGAAUAGCAGGAAAGAUCAGAUCCAUGAAGACUAUGGGUCAGGGGUCAGGAUAUUUAGUUAAACCCGCCCCAGUCUUUAACCUGGGAAUAAAAUAUUUAAAAAAGAUCCUCCCGGAAAAGCUUGAACGUGUCGAGCAGAAGUCUUUCCAAAGCCAACAAUUCAAGGAAUUGGAUUUCUUUCAUGCCUUACUUUCAAAGGUUGGGUUCUCUCUGGGCGGUCGAGCCCUAUCCUUUGCUCUAAGAGGGUUGGGCUGCUCAGCAGGGCUUUCCUUGACUGUAGACUUUACUUUACGAGCGCUGCUCACAUACCAAAACCAUAUGAUGCCUCUCGGCGAGGGGACAUCAGGAUCUGAGUCUCCGGCAUCUCAGUCGGACUCCCCAUGCCUCCUCGGAAACGGAUUCGGACGGAUCUCCACCACAAUCCGUCUCGUCCCCUGGGAGCGUCACCGCUGCGGAGGCCUUUUGACACGGGAUCAGCCAGAUCUCAUCUGGACUCCACAUACUUACUGGAAAUUUUGUCAAGAUCCUUCUCACAUACAUCAGACACACUGGUAUGGAUUACCUAUUAGUUGCCUAGCUGUACUAUCUCAGCAUGGCAGCCGUAAAAAUUGUCUAGACCGGCAACAAUUGCUCCAUAUCGGUACUUCUACCAAGAUGUUCCUGAGCCGCUCUACUUCUCUUCAAGCAGAGGACCCUUUUGGCUUGGCUAUUCUGGGCCUUCUUCUAUUCGUACCUGCUUCCGUUUCUGCCCCCGCCAUUAAAGCUUUCUGGUCCAGGCCUCAGGCACAGACCUGA